AUGGCGCCAGGCAUCUCUUACGACGACUCGGGGUUGCUCGCAUCCUACUUUGGCGUCACUUGCCUCGCUUUCAUCCUCGUCCCCGCAUCCAUCUCCACCUUCAGGUCAGCACCCAAGGACCCACACAAGUCGUUGUGUAACUGCAAUGAGUGCCGGGCCAACGACAAGCGCAAGGCCGCACUGAGGUCAGCGACCCACAAGCGCAAGCUCCUCCGUCGCAUCCUCCCCCUUAUCCUUGGCUGGGCACUCUUCGCCUACCUCUCGUACGGCCUGUACCUGGCACCGCCAAUGGAGACAUCCGUCUACGACCCCUUUGACAUCCUGGGCAUUGGGUCGUCAGCAUCCGAAAAGGAGAUCAAGAAGCACUACAAGAGGCUCUCGCUUCAAUUCCACCCGGACAAGGUUAAGCUCGGCCCCAACGAGACAUACGAGCAAGUCGAGACCAAGUUCGUCGACAUCACCAAGGCAUACAAGUCGCUCACGGAUGAGGUGACUGUCGAGAACCUCCGCAAGUAUGGCAACCCCGAUGGACCGCAGCAGCGCGAGGACAAGAUCGCCAUCCCCAAGUGGGUGGUUGAGGGCAAGAGCUCGAUCUGGGUCCUGGCCGCGUACGGCGUCGUCCUGGGCUUUGGCAUUCCGUUCGUCGUUGGCCGCUGGUGGUUCCGCCAGCGCAAGCUCACGCGGGACGGUAUUCUCAACGCGACUGCCGAGAUCUUCUUCCACCAGCUGCGCGACGACACCGACUUCCUCUCGCUUAUUGCGCUGCUCGCCUCGGCGGUCGAGUUCCAGGCCAUCCUUGCCCCUCCUGCCAAACUCAGCAAGAAGGACCGCAAGGAGCGCCAGGCGCGGAUCGAGACGCUCGAACAGGAGCUCGACACCCAGCGUGCCGACCUCCUCAUCGAUGAGUCUCCCACGAUGAAGAAGGAGUCGCGUGUGAUUGUUACCACUGCUGCUGCCCGCCGCGCCCGUGCGCUGAUCUGGGCGCACCUGCUCCGCUACGAUCUCCCCAAGGAUCUGGCUUCCGAGCAGCUCGAGGUCCUCCGUGCCGCCCCGCCCCUCCUCACUGCCCUUGCCAACAUUGCUCUCGGUCACAACUGGCUCAAGACCUCGCUCGCGUGCCAGAAGCUCCAGCCGGCAAUCGUCCAGGCUAUCCCCGUCGGCGGUUCGCCCCUUGCACAGCUUCCCGGCAUCACGCUCGAGAAGGGCCUCGAGCUCGAGAUCACGACCGGUGCCGAGGGCCGCAAGUGGCUCGAGAAGUGGGUUUCGAUCAACGACGAUGAGUACCCCGAGGCCAACGCCGUCGCACGCACCUUCCCCCGUCUCGAGGUCACCGACGCGCAGUUCAGGGUUACCGGCGAGAAGGUGGUUACGCCUAGCUCGAUCGUGCAGCUCGAGUUCAAGGCGCGCUGGGUGUACCCCAAGGACCCCAAGGAGGUGUCGAACGGGAGCGCACGCGCGGAUUCUGUCGAGGUCGUCGAGAAGGAGGUGACAAAGGAGAAGAAGGAGGAGGAGAAGAAGAACUACCCUCCAACAGGAUACGCGCACGCGCCGCACUGGCCCGCAAACCGUUCGCCAGGCUUCUCGGCGCUCAUGGGCGACUCGAAGCUUGACAAGGUGAUCGUGCAGCCCAUGCGUGUGGCCGACGUUCCCUUUGACGAGCCGCGCGAGUACAGCCUGCAGUUCCAGGCACCUCCGCAGCCCAACCUGUACAGCUUUGUCCUUUACUUGUCGUCUGACACGUUUGUGGGGUCGGAUAUUGCGCGCCCCGUCAUGCUCAAGGUCGAGCCUGCGCCGGCCGAGAGCGAUGACGACGAUGACAUUAGCGAGCCAGAAGAGGACAGCCUCGCGGGCCAGAUGGCAAUGAUGCGCGGCGAAAAGGUCAAGGCGUCGGCGGUGCACGAUGAGAGCGAGUACGAGACGGAUACCAGCAGUGACGAGGACGGGCCGCGCCGUGGGCGGGCAAUCAACGAGGAUACGGACAGCGAUAGCGACUAG